CAGCAGCAGAGUAUUCUGCUGCCAGCAGCUGAUGGGACAGGAGGAGACCUACCUGGACCUCGGCCGUCCUCCACAGUGCACCUGUUGAUGAAGAGGCGGUUGAGUGAUGAAUAUGAAGAGCCUGAAAGCAAAGUUUAAGAAGAAUGAGAGUCAGGACUGGAACAAGAGUGACGAAAGACUCCUGCAGGCUGUGGAGCAGAACGAAGCCGAUAAAGUCUCUGCCCUCAUCGUCAAAAAGGGUAUCUGUCCCACCAAACUGGAUGCUGAGGGAAAGUCAGCGCUUCACGUCUGUGCAUCGCGAGGUCGGCCGGACUGUCUAGAGAUUAUCAUCUCACACGGAGCGGACCUCAGUGUUACUGAUGGCUCUGGUCUUACAGCUCUUCACAUUGCUGCUAAAAAUGGCCAAUCAGAGUGUUUAAAGAGACUCUUACAGGAGCGAUUAGCUGUAGAUUGCACAGACAACAUUGGCAGAACACCAAUGCAUCAUGCAGCAGUCAGUGGGUGCUUGUCAUGCACAGAGACUCUGUGGGACUUUAAAGCAAACCUGGAUGUCCAGGAUGGUGAUGGAGCCAGCCCGCUGAUCCUAGCAGCCCAGAUGAGUAGAGCAGAGCUGUGUGUCUUUCUGUUGGGUCGAGGUGCCAAUGCAAAUAUACAGGACAACAACGGGCGGUCUGCCUUGAUGGUGGCCUGUGAAAAUGACAGUGUGGACACAGUGGUGGCUCUGUUAAGAGGCGGGGCAAACACACAGCUAGCUGAUGCCCUUGGACACAGUGCCACUGAUUACAGUGUUACCACGGGUAACCGACGUAUUAUACAGCUGUUGCAGGAUGGAGCACCUCCUGUUUCUGAGGACACUGGUGAGGAGACCUCAUUAGCCCCCUCAGGCACCUCAUCAGUGCAGGGAGGAACUACUCCUCGCAAACGGAAAGCCCCUCCACCGCCCCACUCUCCUCUCCAGGGAGAGGAUGAAGAGGUGUUUGAGGAGAUUCGUCGCCUGCGCCUUGAAAGAGGACGUUUAUUGCAGAAGAUAAAAGGCUUAGAGCAGCAGCAACAGAGCGCCCGCUCUGGCUUGGAGGAGUUGUCCAAACUAAAGGAGCGUCUAAAGCUAGCAGAGGCGGAGAGGGACAAACUGCUCGUAGAGCUGAAGGGAGGUCACGGCAUCGGCACCAGCGACUCUGAUGAUAUGGAUGAAAUGUUGGACUUCCCAGCGAAGCUGCUCUCCAGGCAGUCCAGAGCCUCCGUUGGCCAAGAUGAGGCAAUUUCUCAAGGGGGUGAAAACUCAGCAGACCCCACCCCUGCACAUUCAGACUAUGUGGCCAAGCUGCACCAGCAAAUAGAAGAACUUUCCUCGCAAAACUCUGAACUCAUUCUCAAAGUGCAAAUGCUGGAGAUGUAUGAGAAGGAUGAUACAGACAUGCAAAGCUCCACCACAGACGUUGUCCCCUUAACUCAGUAUGAGACUCUGAGAAAAGAGUUUGUCGUCCUUCAGGAACGCUUCUCUCAGGCCCAGGCUUCAGAUGAGGCCGCCAGUGUAGCCGAGGAGAGCGCUGACGGGAAGUCUCAGGAAGACAGUGUGGAUGGAGAGGGCAUGGAGGCUCUGAAGGAGAAGCUGCGUGAGCUUAAGGAGCAGCUGGCCUCUUCCCAGUCAGAGCUGGAAGAGCUGAAGGAACAUAUACGCCUUGGGGUGCUUUCUGUUGAAUGUGGGCAAGGGGGCAGUGCCCUGACAGGUGGUACGCCAGAAGGCGGGACUGGGGCUGCAGUGGAGGGUUUGAGCCAGGAGGCGCAGCAGCUGAGAACGAGGGUGACGGCGCUGGAGGAGGAGCUAGCUACAAGCCGGGGUCAGAGCAGCCGGGACAGUGACACAAUCAGACAGCUGACAGAGAAAGUGGACAAACUCCAGGCUGCUCGGGCCCACAAAGACCUGAUGAAAGAAGAAGGAGAAAAAGACAACACAGGAGGAGAGGCGGAGAGAGUGAAACACCUCAGUGAGAAAGUGACGGAGCUGGAGACGGCUCUGGCAGAAAGCAGGGCAGCAACAAAAGAGAGAGGACCAGGAGGAGAUGGAGCGGGGGAUCAGAUCCGUCGACUCCAAGAGCGGGUAGUAGAGCUGGAGGGGGAGUUGAAGAAGCGUGUGCCCCGGUCCGAGAUGGAGGAGGUGCAGGUGACUUUGGGGUUGCAGUGUGAGCAGCUGGCCAGGGAGAGGGCAGAGGUGGCUCGAAGGCUCAAUGAUGCUCUCCUGGAACUGGAGAGACACAGACCUCCCCCGCAUGGAGAUGAAGAGGAAGAGGACGAGGAGGAGGAUCACUCAGAGAGCUCAGAGCCAUCGGUCAUAUCAGAGCCCUCCAGACGCACCCUGGCAGCCGUGCGGGAAGAACUGGAGGUCGCACGACAAGAAGCGGCCCAGGCGCUGGACUGUCUGUGUGCUGAGCGGGAGGGCCGUGCUCAGGACGCCAUGCAGCUGAAAGACGCCGUGCCUCUCUCCAAACAUAAGGAGGCGCUGUCUGCAGUAUCAGAGCAGUUAGCCCAGACGCUGGAGGAGCUCCAGGAGGAGAGGAGCCUUCGUGGCCAGGCUGAAGAGCAGGCCGCCAGGUUUGAGGCCAAACUGCAGGCCCUGAACGAUGCAGUUCCCAAAGAGGAACAUGAAAAGGUCAAGGCAGAGCUGCAGCGCUCCCUGCAGGCCAGUGAGAAAAGUGCAGCAGCAGCUCAGGAGGCGCUGAGUGAGAAGGAGCAGGAGCUGAGAGAGCUGAAGUCCCAGAAGGCCGCAGAACAGGGUCUGAUCUCUAAGGAGGACCAUGAGGCCCUGCGGCUGUCGAUGCAGGCUGAGAUCAACGCCAUCACAGCUCGCUUCAACGAUCUCACCCGCAAACAUGAAAAGACCUGCACAGAGGUGUUCCAGGUGCAGAGGGAGGCUCUCUUUAACAAGAGUGAGCGGCAGGUUGCAGAGUCCCAGCUGGCCACAGUGCAGCAGCAGCUCACCGAAUUACAAGCUCAGUCCAGCCACAUCCAGGAACUUCACAAUGACAUCCAGAAAUCCAAGGGAUUGGUCAAAGAGAAGGACUGUAAGAUAACCGAGUUAUCAAAGGAGGUAUUCCGGCUAAAGGAGGCCCUGGGUGCUCUCUCACCUCCUCUUGGUAUCACCACCUCAUCCUCCACUCCUCAUAACCCGGGACAGCAAGUGGCCUUGCAGAACAGGGUUGCUAUACUCACCCAGCAGCUUCAGGAUUGGGAGAGGAAGCACAAACAGGUGGUAACAGUGUACCGCUCCCAUUUACUAGCAGCUGUACAGGGACGUAUGGAUGAAGAGGUGCAGACUCUGUUACUCCAGAUCCUGAGAAUGACAAAGCAAGAACACUGAGCCUUAUUGCCUCUGUCACUCUGAAUAUCUGCACCUCUGGUCCACGUACAGGUCAGCAUGUAGCUCCAGCACAUUCAGUGUCACUGAGUCCAGAUUUAACAAGGCCAAGUAUGAGGGAUCCGUAGGAAACCAGAGCUGCAUGUGUACAAUGCAACCCUCAAAACAGAUUAAGCCCCGUUGUCACUUUAAUGGAUGUGCAUCCUGGAAAGUCAUGUAUUAGGACCUUGUCCUUACUUUGAAAAAGUGUCCACGAGGGUGGCUGUGGUGUAUUGAAAUUAUUGUCAUUUUGCCGUGGUGUUCUUUUAAAUAUGGCUUAAUUUUCAGUGUCCAAAACAUAUUUUUACUCAUCACGACCUUUGAUUUACAGUACUUUGGUAAUUCUUUGCAUUUGUGUAGAGCACAUAUGAUAUGGUACAAACCCACCCCGUAACAUCAUCAAACCGAAAUCAAAUGACAACCGUGAGCUCCACAAGCUGGAUAGUCACGGUUACAGACGCCGUUCUUCUGGGAUGCAUAACCACGGGAGUGAGAAUGUGGCCGUUCAGUUCGGCUAAUAUCAAAGUAUUAACAUAGGAGAUCUGCAGAGUGCCUUUAAAAGUAAUGCCAGUCUGUGAGGAGCAGGAAGUGAACAUGAACACAAUGUGGUAAAUUAGAGGAUAGAAUGUGGUGCAUGAGUGGUGUGACGGUCCUACCAGUUUUAUAUAAUAUUGUUAUAAUAAAAAGAAAUCAAA